GAAUCGCUUUAUAUUAUUAUUAAGAGAUAUCUCCUUGGAUUCUACACUAUGGGACCAAAUGAUAGCUCAAUAAAGUUAAAUGCAACAAACGCUUUACCAGGACGAGAAAAGCCAUUAACGGGGAUUUCAGAAGUCCAUGCUGUUAAUGGAAACAGAAUAUUUCCACCUUUUCCUGAAGGGACCAAGUCAGCAACCUUUGGGAUGGGAUGUUUUUGGGGAGUUGAAAGAAGCUUCUGGAAGAUAAAAGGGGUCUAUUCUACUCAUGCUGGCUAUGCUGGAGGAUAUACUAAGAAUCCCACUUACCAAGAGACGUGUACAGGAGCAACAGGGCACGCUGAGGUAGUGAGAGUUAUUUUUGAUCCAGAGCAAGUGAAAUACAGUGCUCUACUAAAGAAUUUUUGGGAGAACCACAAUCCAAUUGCUAUAGGUGGAGAAGGAAGAAACAGAGGACCAAUGUAUCGCUCUGCCAUAUUCUGUGACAAUGAAACACAAUUGGAACUAGCUAGGAAAAGCGCGGAGAAAUUUCAGCAGAACCUAGACGAAAGGGGGGGUGAGAUAACAACAGAGAUAAAACUGGACAAUGUGUUUUACUAUGCUGAAGAUUACCACCAACAGUAUCUUCACAAGAACCCCGGAGGUUACUGUUCUCUGCGAGGUACAGGAGUUAACUGUAUUUUGUAGUUUCAACAUUCGUACAAACAUUUCUGUUAUUGUGGGGAGAAAAUUUAAGAUUUCUGGUAUACUCUUUUUGAUCUAAUUUGUAUACAAAGUUUUUGAUUUGGCUUAUCU